AUGGGCUGCGCAAGCAGUCAACUGCCAGAGGCGCCUGAUGCGGUGGGACCGGCACGGACGCUGCUGACGUCAUCCAGUCAGGAGAAGCUAACCACAGAGAAAGACAAGAAGGCCUUAGAUGGUGCGUUGAAGCACAGGCGGCUCCAAGUCUGGGUGCUACGUGCGGAGCUUCUCAAGAACUUUGGGUCUUUCGGAAAGAUGGACCCCUUCGUGGUGGUGGAGCGUGUAAAAAGCGACGGCCACGUCUGGGAGUUUGCGCGGACCAGGACAGAUUGGGGUGGCCACAUGAAGCCCAACUUCAAUCACCUCUGUCGCAGUAUCGAGGUAGAUAGCGAUGAUGUCAUUCGCUUUCGCGUGCUGGAAAAAAGCUUUGGUGAUUUCGGAACGCCCAUCUUCUGUGGGGAAGCCUCUACCACGGUACAGAUCUUGCUUCGAAGCAACGUCUGA